AUGUUAAGAUUUGUUAGACCAAUUCAAAGAUUAAGACCUGCUAGAUUUAUUCGUUUAAAUUCAACCACUGUUGAUCCAAAAAUCAGUGCUAUUGUUGAUCAAAUUUCUACUUUAACUUUAUUAGAAACUUCUACUUUAGUUACCGAAUUAAAAUCAAGAUUAAAUAUCGCUGAUAUUUCAUUCCCAGCCGCUGGUGCUGCCCCAGCUGCUCCAGCUGCCCCAGUUGAAGAAGAAGUUAAAGAAGAAGUUGAAGAAAAAACUAUCUUCUCCAUCAAAUUAGAAUCUUUCGAUGCUAAAACUAAACCAAAAGUUAUUAAAGAAGUUAAAUCAUUAUUAGGUUUAUCCUUAGUUGAAUCAAAGAAAUUCGUUGAAAGUGCACCAAAAGUCUUGAAGGAAAAUGUUGCUAAAGAAGAUGCUGAUAAGAUUAAAGCUACCUUAGAAGGUGUUGGAGCUAAAAUUUCAUUAGAAUAA